ACGCGGGGCUCGCAGCUAAGGGGCGAGGAGGAGGGACCAUGGCCGCAUCCAGUAACUCCAGUUUGUCCGGCUCGUCGGUUUCCUCCGAUGCUGAAGAAUACCAGCCUCCAAUAUGGAAAUCAUACUUGUACCAAUUGCAACAAGAGGCACCACGUCCCAAGAGAAUCAUCUGUCCUCGGGAGGUGGAGAACAGACCAAAGUAUUAUGGAAGAGAGUUUCACGGGAUCAUUUCUCGGGAGCAAGCUGAUGAAAUACUUGCUGGCGUAGAAGGAGCAUAUAUUCUUAGAGAAAGCCAGCGGCAACCUGGCUGCUAUACUCUUGCUCUCAGAUUUGGUAAUCAGACCUUAAACUACAGGUUGUUCUAUGAUGGGAAGCACUUCGUUGGGGAGAAAAGAUUCGAAUCAAUCCAUGAUCUAGUUACAGAUGGCUUGAUAACAUUGUAUAUAGAAACAAAGGCUUCUGAGUAUAUUUCCAAAAUGACAACAAACCCCAUCUAUGAACACAUUGGAUAUGCCACUUUGCUUAGAGAAAAAGUGUCCCGGAGGCUGAGCAGAACAAAAAACGAAUCAAGAAAAGCAAGUGUAACAAGUGAAGAAAAUACUCCGGUUGAAAAGAUCACCUCCUUGGUCAGAAGAGCAGCCUUAACUCAAAAUGACAACCACUUCAACUAUGAAAAAGCACACAAUUUUAAGGUCCAUACGUUUCGAGGUCCACACUGGUGUGAAUACUGCGCCAACUUCAUGUGGGGUCUCAUCGCUCAGGGAGUGAGGUGUUCAGACUGCGGGUUGAACGUACAUAAGCAGUGCUCCAAAUACGUGCCCAACGACUGCCAACCAGACCUCAAGAGGAUAAAGCGAGUCUACUGCUGCGAUCUCACCACACUAGUGAAAGCCCACAAUACCCAGAGGCCGAUGGUUGUGGAUUCAUGCAUUCGAGAGAUCGAAGCAAGAGGUUUAAAGUCCGAGGGCCUCUAUAGAGUCUCAGGCUUCACUGAGCACAUUGAAGAUGUGAAAAUGGCCUUUGAUCGAGAUGGUGACAAGGCUGAUAUUUCUGCCAGUAUUUAUCCAGACAUAAACAUCAUUGCCGGAGCACUGAAGCUAUACUUCAGAGACUUACCGAUUCCUGUGAUCACCUACGACACCUAUUCCAAGUUCAUAGAGGCAGCAAAAAUCUCUAAUCCUGAUGAACGACUAGAAGCAAUACAUGAAGUGUUGAUGUUACUCCCUGCUGCUCACUACGAGACACUUAGAUACCUAAUGAUUCAUCUCAAAAAGGUUACCUUGCAUGAAAAGGAGAAUUUUAUGAAUGCUGAAAACCUGGGAAUAGUGUUUGGGCCUACUUUAAUGAGACCUCCAGAGGACAGUACCCUUGCUACACUGAAUGACAUGCGGUACCAGAAGUUAAUUGUGCAGAUUUUAAUAGAAAAUGAAGAUGUUCUCUUUUAGACAAGGAGAGGCAUAUCUUCAAAGUCAUUUGUUUUAAAAUAAUUAGUUUGAAGGAAAAACAACAUUUCUUUAAAUUUUUUUAAACGUAAAGGAAAAGUUCCUUGACUGCACUUCAAUUUCUGCAAAGUUGCAGAUGGAUGCCAAAAUGUUUAGGGAAAGCCUAUGUCUCAUAGACAUAUGCCUCUUUGUAGAAGGGAAAAAAAAGGUCAGAAAAAAUCCUCUUACCUUGUAUCUUUUGCCUUGCCUCAGAUGUAUAUUUGUUUUGAGAAGUUGCAAACAAUUUUAUUGUUAACUUAUUAAGAAACACAAAACAUAUUUUAAUAUGGCUAGAGAAGCAAAAAGGUACUUAAUCAGUGUUACUUGUAUACGCCUAUACAUUUCCCUCUCCAUGAGACAUAAUUAUAUAUGUCAAUUGUGAAACAGAACCUAUAUUAUAAAGAUAUUUUUACUUUACCUAGCUGAAAGAAUGGCAUUUUAUUUUAGCAAACUAUAAAUCAAUGCGGUGCAUUGAUUAUUUUCCACAUAAUUCUUUCCUGCAUUUUUGCUAUGAUAUAUUGAAAACAAUUACCACUAAUGCAGUAUUAUCCUGACAUACCUCUUUCAUUGCAAGUGUUUUAAAGGAGAAUUCUUUUCUUGUGUGUAUUCCAGCUUUCCUUAGGUUUCUUUGCAUUUAGGCACUAGCAUCCUAAGAUUGUACACUUUUAGCCAUUUGCUAUUUCCCAAAACAUACAGUAUUUUCUUUCUUUUUU